AUGGGAGAAGACGCCCCGCAAGAGAAGCAAUGGUGGGACGCAUUCCCUGAGCCAAAGGCCGAAUGCCCUCGAACCGACCCGGCAAUUGUCGCCAAAGACAUCGAAGUGAAUGCAGCAUUGGGCAAAAAAGCUCAACGAGAUUUCCUUUUGGUCGAUGUUCGAAGGACAGACUGGCAGGGCGGCACCAUCUCUACAUCCAUCAACCUCCCCGCUCACACAUUCUACCAGACCCGUCAACAGGUCUAUCAGCUCGCCUCGCAGGCAGGGAUCAAGAGAAUCAUCUUUUAUUGCGGAAGCUGCGGCAGUCGUGGCCCACGAUGCGCUGGAUGGAUGCAGGACUACCUCGAUGAGAUUGAAGAGACUGACAUGAAGGCCGAGAUCUUGGUUGGAGGUAUCAGGGGGUGGCAGAAGGCGUACGCUGGCCAGUUGAUGGACUUUUACGACGAGAAGGCGUGGGAGGAGAAAGAGGAGUAG